AUGCCUCCCGUCCGCACGGCACGCGCCUCUCGCAAGGCUCCGCCCGAAGGCUUCGACGAUAUCGAGGACACGCUCCUAGAGUUCCAGACUAAGAUGAAAGACGCCGAGAACGCUUCACAUGAGGGCAAGAAGAAGUACGAGAUGACGUGGCCCAUCUUCCAAAUCACGCACCAGCGCUCCCGCUACAUCUACGACCUUUACUACACUAAAGAGGCCAUCAGCAAGCAGCUCUACGACUACCUGCUCAAGAAUGGAUACGCGGAUCCCAUGCUGAUUGCCAAGUGGAAGAAACAGGGUUACGAGAAGCUAUGCUGCACGCGCUGCAUCCAGACAAAAGAAACCAACUUCCGGUCUACCUGCAUAUGCCGCGUCCCGAGAGAUCAGCUUAAAGAGAACCAGGAGAUUGAAUGUGUCAACUGUGGCUGUCGAGGAUGUGCUUCGAGUGAUUGA